AUGCUUCUAUAUCCACAAGCCAUCAGCUGCAACAAGGGAAACGAACCUGCUGCUGCAGUACCCCCUGCUGCUGCUGCUACUGCUGCUGCUGCUACAUCUGCUGCUGUCCCGCUCUGGCAGCCCUCCACUGCGGGAGCUCCCCUCCCCAGGGUUGCUGUUGCAACAGCAGAUGGAGACAAUUGGUUAGUCCUUGAGAGCAGCAGUAGCGGCAGCAGCAGUGGGGACGAGUGCAGCAGCAGCAGCAGAGUUGACGUUUUCCGUCCAUCGCACACGUAUAGAUGGAGGCGUGUCAGUUCCUCGCAAGCAGAAGGACGGUGUUCACCAGUAACUGCAACAGCAGCAGAUGUUCCCGGGACAGCAGCAGCUGCAACAGAAGCAGUAGCAGAUGGAGCAGUAUCCCGUCUUGGUGCAUCUGUGCGGAGCAGCCCCUCCGUGUUGCUGCGGCGUGACCGCUUCGGCGAUUAUUUGCUGCUGCUGGAUCAACAGCAGCAGCUGUGGCUGCGCCGGAUCUGCAGCUGCUGCCACGGCGGCAGGGACCCGCAGGUGCAGCAGCUCUUGCUGCUGCUAAGGAACGCCUUUGCCUUCACCUUCUUGAGAGAAGCAGCAGCAGCAACAGCAGCAGCAGCAACAACAACAGUGAAUGCAGGAGCCCCAACAGGAGCCGCGACAUCAGCAACAGCAGCUACGCCAUCGGAGACAGAAGAGGAAGCUGCAGCAGUAGAAGUAGCAAGAGCAGCAGCAGCAGCUGCUGCUUCUAAUGGCCAGGGCGCGCGCCACUUCUGCCGUGCUGUUGCUUCUCACGCUCCAUGGCUCCCCCCCGUAACCACUUCAUUUUCACCGGAAUCAGCAGCAGCAGCUGCUGCUGCAGCUGCAGGACAACCAGCAGCAGAAGCAGCCGCCGCAGCAGCACAAGCAACAGCAAAGACAACAUGCGGUGAGGUUUGCGGGUCUGCUGAAGGCCGCGGCGUGCAUCGCAUUCUUCUUGGUGACUACACAACCCGUCUGCUGCCUCCUGUUAACAGCAGUAGCAUAGGCAGCAGAGCUGGCAACAGCAGCAGCUGCUUCUGCCGCUACAGGAGGAGCAGCAGCAUGUGGGGUCCGGGCCAGGAGCGAUCCCCGCGUGCGCAGCCCCUGAAACAUCAGCAACAGCAGAAACAGCAGCAACAGCAGCAGCAGUGUGCACCUUCUCAGAGGGCCCCCCUCCGCACCUCUUGUUUCAGGUGCUGCGCUGCGGAGGCCCUCUGCGGCGGCAGCAGCAAGAGUAGCAGCAGCAGCACCAAUGGAGCAGCUGCAACAGGUUUGUCGCUGCAGAGCCAACUUGCAGCAGCAAUCGCGGAGGCUCGUGCUCGUCAAACGCUGUUCCGAAAGAGUUUGCUGCAGCUUGCCCAGAAGGAGCAGCAGCAGCUGGAGCAGCAGCAGCAGCCACCGCCGGAUGAAGAGCCGCUUACGGAACAACAAUUGAGUUUGCUGUUGUCUUGUGGUGGGGCAGUUUUUGUUGUGUUGGAGUGCAUGCAUUUGCUGCUGCAGCUGCAGCCGUCCCACACGAGCAGCAGCAGCAGCAGCAACAACCGGAGAACUGAUUUGCGGAGUGUUUUACUGCAGCAGCUGUCGGCGUUUGCUGCCACCUGCAGCAGCGAGGGCCUCCCUGUGUUUGUUUUCGUUCCAUUCAACACAGGAGAGGCUGCUGCUGCUGCUGUUGCUGUUUCUGCUGCUCCUCGUGGCCUGCUGCCUCUGCGGCCGCGGCUGGCAGAGCUUGUGGGGCGGGAUCUGCUUCAGCCGUAUCUCAUAGAAGGGGUCUUAACAUUGCCUGAGGCACUAUCGGAGCAGCAUCGAGCAGCAAUCUUGCUGCUGCUGCUGCGGCGCGUACACGCAGCUGUAGCUGCAGCAGACAAGGAUGAGAACCACAUCCAGCGUCUCGCCACCCUAGGCGGCCUGUGGACCUGCGGCUUCACCGUGGCAGAUCUGCGAUCUCUGCUGCGCACUGCUGUCACCAACUGCAUGCAGCGGCAGCUGUACAGCAGCAGCAGCAGCAAGCUCUGUGCUGCUGAUCUGCGACAGGCGCUGCUGUAUGUGUGUCCUUCAGCACUGCGGCUGCUGCAGGUGGGCAGCGUACAGCGGCUGUUGCCCCCUUUGGUGGUGCCGCAGGACGCUGAAGCAAGUGAGGUGUUUGCUGCUGCUGCUGCUUCUCCUGCAGCGGAAGGGCGACUCACGUAUUUCGCCUACACACGGGGCAGAAACAACAACAGCAGCAGCAACAGCAGCAACAGCAGCAGCAGCGACAGCAGCAGCGACACGAGCACCAGCGACGGGGAUAGCCGGCGCGGCGGCGGCGACAGGAACAGCAGCCGCUGCAACAGGAGCCGCUGUUGCUGCGGUUGCUGCUGCUUGAAGACUUUACAGGGUCUAAAGGCUGUCCGAGGCCACCGGCGGCUCAUUAGGCUGCUAAAGAGAGAAGUGGUGCAGCCGUUUAAACAGCAAGUGGGAGCAGAACCUGCGGCAGCAGCAGAAGCAGAAACUGUAGCUGCUGCUCCGCUGGGGUGCGUUGUGGAGGGCCCGUCAGGCUCAGGCAAAUCAUUUUUGUGCAGCUCCCUGGCUGUUGCUGCUGGCGCCGUGUUGCUGCGUCUAUCUGCUGCUGAUGUGCUGCGCAAGGAGGUUGCUGCAGCAGACAAGCAGCUGCUGGCAGCCUUCUCUACGCUGCGCCGCUGUUUUCCUGCAGUGCUGCUAAUCGAAGACAUUGAUAUCCUGUGCAACAGCAACAGCAGCAGCAGCAGCAAGAUACUGGGAACGCUGCUGCAGCAGCUCGAUGAGCUCGUGCUGCUACGGAGAUUCAGCGCAGAUGCAACACAGAGGAAGACAGCCCUCAGUGUGCUGCUGCUGGCGACAGCAACUGAUGUAACAAAGAUUGACACCAGGCUGCUGCUGCCUGGCCGCCUGAGUUAUGUCUUCAGCCUCAACAGCAAUUCGCGCAGAGACCCUGCAGCAGCAGCGGCAACGCUGCUGCAGCAGUGCCUCGUGGGCCGCUGCAGCCCGACGAUUAGAAAGGCUGAUCUGCUGCAGCUGACCCGCUCCCUAAUUUCCAACAGCAGGAGCAGCAGCAGCAACAGUAGCGGAGCAGCAGCAACUGCCCCGCGCACCGUGUCUCCGACCUUCUGCGUUUGUCUCUGUCAAGAGGCAGCUGUUGCUGCCGUCAGACGUCAGCAAACGCAGCAGCAACAGCAGCAAAAGGCACAGAAACAGCAACAUCAAGGUGUGAUGAUUGAGCUGUGUGACUUAGUUGAAGGAGCAAAGCGCAUGCGUUUGCCGGCAUGA